GCCACUGCCACCGCCGCCGCUUCUGCUGCCGCCGUCCGCGGGAUGCUCAGUAGUCCGCUGCCCGGCCCCCGCGAUCCUGUGUUCCUCGGAAGCCGUUUGCUGCUGCAGAGUUGCGCGAACUAGUCAUGGUGCUGUGGGAGUCCCCGCGGCAGUGCAGCAGCUGGACACUUUGCGAGGGCUUUUGCUGGCUGCUGCUGCUGCCCAUCAUGCUACUCAUCGUAGCCCGCCCGGUGAAGCUCGCUGCUUUCCCUACCUCCUUAAGUGACUGCCAAACGCCCACCGGCUGGAAUUGCUCUGGUUAUGAUGACAGAGAAAAUGAUCUCUUCCUCUGUGACACCAACACCUGUAAAUUUGAUGGGGAAUGUUUAAGAAUUGGAGACACUGUGACUUGCGUCUGUCAGUUCAAGUGCAACAAUGACUAUGUGCCUGUGUGUGGCUCCAAUGGGGAGAGCUACCAGAAUGAGUGUUACCUGCGACAGGCUGCAUGCAAACAGCAGAGUGAGAUACUUGUGGUGUCAGAAGGAUCAUGUGCCACAGAUGCAGGAUCAGGAUCUGGAGAUGGAGUCCAUGAAGGCUCUGGAGAAAAUAGUCAAAAGGAGACAUCCACCUGUGAUAUUUGCCAGUUUGGUGCAGAAUGUGAUGAAGAUGCCGAGGACGUCUGGUGUGUGUGUAAUAUUGACUGUUCUCAAACCAACUUCAAUCCCCUCUGUGCUUCUGAUGGGAAAUCUUAUGAUAAUGCAUGUCAAAUCAAAGAAGCAUCGUGUCAGAAACAGGAGAAAAUUGAAGUCAUGUCUUUGGGUCGAUGUCAAGAUAACACAACUACAACUACUAAGUCUGAAGAUGGGCAUUAUGCAAGAACAGAUUAUGCAGCCUCACCAGAAGCUGUGGAAAGAAGAAACCACAUCCCCUUCUCUGACUGCAUUUCUUCAGGAUCUGCAGCUACUCCCCUCUGGCAGAUAUUCUUUCAUAAGGCAGUUCUUACAGUACCCCUUGACAUGCCACCCUCACCUACAAAAAGCUGUUCACAUGAAGCAAAGUUAAGAUUCCUUUUUUACUGCUUUAACUUUUGGAUAUUUUUCUGGAAGCUUCCAAAUAUCAGUAGAGAAACCUAGGGAAACAUUCCUUUAUUUUAAAAACUAUGUGUUUAUCAUCUUAUUGUGCUAUGUUCUGUGCUACGUACAGAGACUAUGCGAUUUUUUUUUAAUCAAAUAUAUUACCACCCUUUAAAAGGGAGUUUCUGAACUAACGUGUCACACAGACAAGUAAACAAUAAUGAAAAUUUGGUAUGGACGGUGGCGGAAUAGGAGAGUGGUUUUAGGUCAGAGGGGCAGUGAGCCCAGACUGAGGAGACAGAAGAGAACAUCACAGAAGUUUCUUAGAGGAAAUAAUGCCAAUGUUGAGACCUGCGUGAUAAGCAGGACUUAGGUAAAUGAAAAGAAAGGAAAGUGAGCAUUCCAAGCAAAGGGAAUAGCAUAUGGAAAGUCCCAGAGGGGAGAGAGAAAUUUCAUAUGAUGAAUGUAGGAAGAUGCAGAAGAAUUGCAAAAGAUGAGAAUGGAGAAGCUGGGACUAGAUUCUGAAUUGCCUUCUUAGUAUUAUUAGCAUUUGGCUCAUUAAAGGAAUAAUGAGGAAUAAGUUGAGAAUUAUUUCUUUGGGAAGUUUUAAGGGCAAUCAUAAUGUACUCACGUUUUCUUUCUAGAAAGAUCACUCUGGCCUAGUGUGGAAAAUUUAUUUCGAGAGGGCAAAAUUGGAGGCACGGUGAUUUUCUGACAUAUGGUCUGAUUUUAGUGAGUAGCAGUAGAAAUGUAAAGAAAUAGACAAAUUUGGGAGAUCCUUAAGAGGUAAAAAUCACGGGACUUGGUGAUUUACUCAUUUAGAAUUUAAAAGUGAAACCCAGAUUUCCAGUUUGGUCAAUGAGUAGAUAAAUAUGCCUGGGAUAAGAAGCAGGGGAAGGAAGUGGGAGAAGGAUCUGAUGAGUUUGAGGUGCCUGGGAGACCCUAGGAUACGAAGCUCUAUAAAAGUAUGAUCACCUGAUCACCUAUAAAAAGGUGAUCUGGGCUGACUAAUCAAUAUUUGGAAGUCAGAGGCAGUAAAAUGACAAAUAGAGGCCUUGGGUGAGGAUGAGCGCUCUCAGGGAAAGUGUUUAAAGUGAAACAAGAGAAGAGCCUUAGGGAAGUAUCAACAUUUAAGGAAUCAGUUGGAAAAUGGGAGCCUACACAAUAGACUAUGAAGGAGCAACCAAAAAGAACAAGAAGUGGGAUGUGUGUGAUUCUGAAAUGAGGACUUUAUUACCCCUUUCAUUUAAAGAUUGAAGUAUGGGAACUUUAGUUCUAGGUGGAAAAAUUGUCAUUUAUAUCAUGGAAACCCAGGGAAGAGAGGGCUUCAAAAAGGAGGACGUGGUCAGCUGUAGUGAAUAUUACUGAGAGAUUGUGACGGCUAAGGCCUGAGAAGAGACUACUAGUUUUAACAACAAUGUUGUUGGUAACAUUGGUCAUAGUAGUUUCUCUGAAGGGGUGACCAGAGAGCUGCAAGAAUGAGUAGAGGUGAGUGCAGAAGUGAAAAAGGGGAGCAGAGACAACACUUGUAAGUGUCACUGUAAAUGGAAUAAAGGAAACAAGAGUUCUACCAAGGGACAUGGAUUGAGAGGGCCUUUUCCAUUUUUAUUUUAAGAAGGAAGACACUUGAGUAUGUUGAAAUGCUGAUGGAAAUGAGCAAAGACUGAGGGAGAGUUGAAGAUACAGGAACAAAGGGAGAUAAUUGAUGGAGAGCCCUUAAGGAUGAUGGAGGGGUUGAGAUUCAUGAUGGGUUGGCCUUAGACAAGGUACAUGGGUUAAAAGGCAAAAGAAAAGAAAGAAAGAGGGAAAGAAAGAAAAGAAGAAAGAAAGAAAAAGGAAGGAAGGAAGGAAGGAAGGAAGGAAGGAAGGAAGGAAGGAAGGAAAGGAAAGGAAAAGAAUUGUUUUUUAGAGUAGCAAUAGAAUCUAGGUGGGAUAAAGAAUCAGGAGUCAUAAAACACAAAUGAUAAAUAAGAUAUGAAGGCCAGAUGUUGUUGUGUAUUUUAAUAAGUUCCUAACUAUCUUACUAUACAUAUUACACUGGAAAGAGCCGUGACUUCGACAGCACUUCUGUUUACUAGUUGUGUAAAUUACUAAGACAAGUAAUUUAACUUCAUUUUCCUAAUCUAUAAAAAAAUGGAAAUUUUAUAAAUCUACCUUGAAAGCCUAUAUUAAGGAAUACAUUUUGAUCAUGUUAAGUCAGUAUUAACAUAAUGAUGGUCCUGUUGUAAGAUUCUCAAGUAACUGAAAACAUAUUUACUAUCGUCUUGUCUUAAGAAUCAGUUUUCUUGGUUGUCUUUAGAAGAUAAUAAGCAAAAUCACUGGAAGACAACCAAUAGCUUUAGCGUAUGGAUACACAACACAUAGCAUAGUGCCAGACACAUAAUAUCUACUCAAGAAAUAUGCAUAUAAUAAAUUACUGAAAGACAGCUUGGGGGUUCCAUCUAUGUUAUUCAAACCUUUGCUUUCACUAUAUUCCAGUAAAUGCUCCAGCCUCAAUCCUCUUCACUCUCUGCUAGUUAGUCACUUCAGGGUCAUAGAAGAAAACAAAUACAUCACCUGAGGAGGUUUGUCUAGACUAUUAAUCCAUUUUUGCACACACAGCCUACAAAGAAGAAAAUCGCUUGGCUCACAUGGCCCAGAAGGCUAGAGUAGAUGGGACCUGAUCUGUUGCUUCUCUCCUCUGUUACUUAGUGUCAUUUUCAACAUUGUCACCAAUGAAGCUCACUAAGAAAGGAUGCCUGAAUUAACCACAAGCAAAUAAUUUUGGUCGAAAAUGCAUAGAUUUAGUUCAAGACAAAAAGGAAGAGAAUAAAUAUAUUCUUAGCAUAAAAUGGUUUCCCACAUCAUUUUCUUUCUCUAAAGUUUAUAGCAAACUUUGUCUCCUGAGAACAGCUUGAAAGUAAGGAGAUGCUGAGGGGAAAACUCAGUGGGGAGAGCUGCAGCAAAUUGCCCCAGAUAAGCUUAAGGCAACUCCAGCUCUGGACUCCCAAGACGCUAAUGAACCAUAGAUUCCUACCUCUUCCCAAGGCCUGAUAUUUACAGAAAUGUUAUCAAAGACAUCUAAAGUUCCAUAAAAUAUUGUAUUUUUAAAAGGUCUUCAAACCAAGUCCUGUAAACCGAUAGGAGUUACCCACUUGCUGAGAGUUAAUAGGCUCUUGACUGAGUGGUGAAGUUUGAAAAGGACCAUUAGAGACAGAACACAACUUCUCCCAGCGGCCUGCUCUCUUCACUGUUCUGAGGGCUCUGCCUUCGAAAGCCAGGCAGGGCAUUGCCGAGUCAAAAAACAGAGCAAACAACUAAGGAGCUACUUAUUUUGCUCUUAAUAAUAAAAUGUUUUGAGGUCCAGGAUUUCUAACUAAAUCUAUAUGAGCCUUUUUAUGCCAAAUUAUUGGAUUAUAAUUGUAUUUGGAUGUCAUAAGUGAAAAUGUUGCAUACAAGUUUUUCUCGCAAGAUUUCACAGAUUUUUCAGUAUUUAUCUAUGUAAAUAUAUUACAAGUAGAAACUGAGUUAAUAAAAGCCCAUGCAAAUAAUCAUCCACUAUUGUUGCAUUUCAAUUACUCCAGUCUCCAAAUUACUAUGUAUAUUUAAGAUGCUGGUACUUUUUCCAAUUUAAAUUCUAGCAAUUCCUGAAUCAUGUCAUCAAGGCCUUGCCUGAGAAUGCAGUAACAUGAAAAUUAGUUUUCUUACACUUUAUUUUAAUUUUAUAUUCAAUAAGAAUAUUUAUAGCAUAUGCAAGCAAUGAUAAGGAUAAUCACAUUUCACAUUUUAUAUUAGUACCUAUGACUGGUGGAAUGAAGAGGAAUUUCUGUUUAUUUGCAUCCAUCCUCUUCCCAACCCAUACCACUGCCUUACUAGCAAAGUUUCUGAUCCAAGUAGUUCCAAUUAUUUUUCUGAAAAAAUAGAAUAAUGUUGAACUUGCAGAAGAAAUGUUAAAUUUGUAGGAAGAAUGUUGAAGGACAUGGUCUCUGUUGUGAAGAGUUGUUUUCUAAGUCUUUAACAGAGAUUAAAUAACAAGAAUGUUACGUCUGGUUGUCUGCUCUUUACAAAACUUGAGAAUUGAUUGUAUCCUUAAAUUCUCUGUGUCCCUCACGCUAGGCUGUCACUUUUAGCUAGCAUUUUUAUUGGAGUCUGUGUCCCAGAAGCUUUAGAAAGGAGAGACUCUUCUACUCAUCUAUGCCUUAAAGAAACUAUGACAGCAGGUGAGGCUAUUGUGGAAUCUGUUAAGUUGCAGGAACUCAGACUUCAUUACAUCCAGAACCCAUUCAAUAGGAAUGCUUUUCUAGUCUUUAAAAAACUUCGAUCGCAACUCAAGCUAGAUAUGAGGUUUUACUGCCUCGUAUGUUUAUACCUGAUAAGAUAAGGAGAGGAAAUCAUAAGAAUUGUAUAUCUUCUUUGAAACCAAUUCUAACCAACAAUGGGGACAAUCAUGACUUUAUUACUAUAUUCAUAAGUUUUUUCUGUCCCAGGCACAAUGUAAAUAUAAGGAGAACAAAACAGUUUUUCCUUUUCUAGUUAAAUAAAAGUAGUUUCAUUUUGCUUUGGAGAAAUGGCAGUAAGUAGGGGAAGGGUAAAAUUAAGUAAUUACAAACGGUGUGCAAGAAUAUGAAUAUUUCAAUACUGGGGUUUCCCUCUACUGCCAUUACAUACAAAAAGUAGCAAGAUUACAUAAAUACAUUUAAAAUUGGAAAUUUUUGUUUUCUAUAAAAGUAUGACACAUUUUGUGGGCCAACAGCAAAAGAUAGUUGAAAAGAUAAUAAAUCAAACUGUAAUACUCACAUGCUUGUGCAUGUCAAGAUCAUAUGGGAUGUUAAAGCAUGAUUUAAAAAAUUGAAUUGAGGUCCACUAAACAAAAGAAAGGCAAUACAUUACAUAGUAAAGGUUCUCUCUGCUAGAAUGUCUGAAUUACCGACAUAGUCAAAAUGCAAGAUAUUUUAUACCCUUUCAAAAGGUAACAUGUUCCAUAAUUAAGGCAAAAGUAAUUUAUUUUGUUUAACAUAUAUAAAUAAUAUCUCUAUUUCUCGACAUCUUUCUCCUAGCAUAUCAAAAUAAUAUUUUAUAAUAAAUGUUAGUAAAUAUUCAUGAUUAAUCAUAAGUAAAUUUUAGCAAUAGAAAUAAAUAUUACUUUCAGAAUUCAAUGAACUUAGAGUUCCAAAAUAAUCUAAUCAAUAUACAUUAACAGUCUACAACAUUCCUGAGAAAGGGUCACACAGCUCCUUUCAAUACCACCAGAAGCCCACUACUUUACAAUAGAACUCAUUCUCCUAUUGAACAGCUCUAGUUGUUUAAAAAUAUGCAGUGGAGAUCUGCCCCCCUAAAACAUCCACUAAAUUCCUGAUGUUUCCUCUAGUUUAGGAUCUUUUCAAUUUACUCGGAAAUGCUUACACAGAAUCAGACUCUUCUGGAUGAAUCAGUGGCCUAGGAAUUUGAUUACAUUUGAAAUAAAGUCCUAAUUAAAGUAGGGCAUUACCAGAGAAAUAUCAUUUGCCCAGCCCCCAAAGGCCUUGCAGACUGUAGUGAACAAUGGGUAGGGUCUAGUUCUCUGGUCUGUACAACAGAAGUUUGACCUUAUAAAACUUCAGAAUUGAGUGGACUGAAGAAAGUUAACAUGUAACCCCCUCAAAAAAUAAACAGAAAUUCGGAACUAGUCACUUCUCUCAAUUGAAAUAUGUAACUGUUAAAUGAGUAAGAUAUUCAUGUUGUUUUGUCAAAGCCAUUCCAAUGUGAAGGCUACAUAGAAGUCAAAUUAUUUUAAGAAUGACUAGGCAGUAGAGCAUCAGAACAAGAGAAAUGGGUUAACUGACUAAAUAUUUAAUAGCAUCAGAAACUAAUAACCUGGUGCAUCUGUCUCUGCACCUGGGACUCUGGGUUUGCUAGUUCAGGUUGGUUUUUUUAAACACACCAACUUGGGUGGUUGCAGUGACUCACGGCUGUAAUCCCAGCACUUUGGGAGGCUGAGACAGGUGGAUUACUUGAGGCCAGGACU